CUCCCUCUUGUCUUGAGCAAAAACACUGAAAUGUAAGUCUGCAACUAAACUGCCAACCUCUUGAGAGGUUUUGAAAUACCAGGAACAAUCCUAAAUUUCAAGCUUAUCAGGAGGAAACAAAGUUCACAAGAUGUUGAAAUUGUAGAUUAUGAGAUCCGGGCGUCCUGGCGGCUCAGCCAGGGCGAGCUAGCCAGCAGUAAGAUUUGCAACGUCUGCAUGCAGGGUUCUCUGAGACCAUGGCAGGCGUUUUUGUGUGUGUGUACCAUUUCCUUGUUUGGGGCUGGUAUAUUUUCAUAAACUAUUCCAUGUCCCUCCCGAGAGCAGAGCGGCAGCCAUCUGAUGUGUUCCAUUAUGGCAGGCAAUGGAAAUACUUGACAGUUCUUAAUCUGCUUUUGCAGGCUGUUUACUAUGGGGUCACCUGCCUGGAUGGUGUGCUGAAAAGAACCAAGAGAACACGAGGCAUCAAGUUCGUUACCACCUCCAGAGACCUGCUUUUCACUGUCUUGGCUUUUCCUGUUUCUGCAUUUGUGUUUCUGGCUUUUUGGGCCCUCUAUCUGUACAACAGAGAGCUGAUCUUCCCUGAGAGUCUGGAAAAAUUCAUUCCAGGGUGGCUGAAUCAUGCUAUGCACACUGCCAUAUUGCCAAUCUCACUGAUAGAGGUCGUGAUCACUCCUCACCGCUACCCGUCCAAGAAGAAAGGACUGAUCUUGCUUGGCUGUUCUGCUGUUGCUUAUAUUUGCUGGGUCCUGUGGAUUUACGCUGUAACUGGAAAGUGGGUGUACCCUAUAUUAGAUGUCCUCAGUCCAGUGAGCUUGGCGGCCUUCUUCUUCUUCAGUUCUGUCCUCAUUGCCUGCACCUACCUUCUUGGAGAGCAACUGAACCGACUGAGAUGGGGUGAUCAUGGUCAACAUAAGAAGAGGAAGGGAAAAUGAUUCUUGCUUUUUCCCCGAGCUAAAAAAAAAGAAAACCCCACGAGGACAAUCAUCUUCUCAGGGGCUUGAUAACCAUAGUUAUAUACAGUGCAUCAUGUGUUGGGAUUGGCAAGGCUGAGAGAAGGGCAGAUUAAGAGUUCAACUACAAUAUGGGGGUUUGCAUGAUCUCUGUGUACCCACAGUGUACUUUAGGGUGAUAGAAAGCCUCGUACGGAUCAACUUUGAGGUCACCUCCUCCUGACGCCCUGCUGAGAAUGGCUUUUUAAGGGGUUAAAUUGCUGCCUGGCUAGAGCAUGGAGAAACUCAUUUACCAGUGAUGAAGAAAGGUUGCGUCUUAAUAACAGCUCUUGAGGGUUGGUUUUGUUUGUGGAUGGUCAGCUCUUUUCUUCUGAGUCUGGAUGAAAAACAAGAGGGAGAGUCUUCACUGCUGAAAUUUCUCGUCAACCUACAAUGAUAACAAAGAGAUUGAGAUGAUGAGGAAAAUAGUUAGGAAUGUUAGUUUGGGCAACUUCACUAAGAAACCAAAGCCAAUUCUCAGUAUGGGGAGAAACAUUGCAUAGCUAUAGUUAUUGCCCUCCUCCUCCUCUCCCUCCUCUUCUCUCUCUUCCUCCUCCUCCUCCUCCACCCGUUCUCCUUAAGAGAAACUUAUUAUCUGAAUGCGAUACAUUAUGUUUAGGAUGAUGAUCUGGAAACAAAAGAAAUAUAAUUAAUCUGAUUGUAGAUUGCUUUGACGGAAAGCGUUAUGUCUGUUCAUGUCUGUCAUGUGAUUAGGGACAAUUUACUGAUCUCACUUUGCUUUUCCUAACUAAUUUUGGUUAUUAAAUGCUACUGACACUGUGUUAAUUAAUAUACAAUUUAAAUUCAACUGGUGGAUAAAUAUGAAUGAACCACA